AGUCGACACUCUAUUUCCAUUUCUCUAAGAAACCUCCCCAAAGCCCCCAAAGCCCUCGGGAGCGUAUUCCUCUCUCACGCUUCGAGCUAGCGUUACCAACACCAGCAGCAAUGGCGCUGUAUUCUUUCCGCCUGCGUCGAACCCUAACCUCUCUAUCCACCCUCAACCGCAGUCUCUAUGAAGUUUCUUCAGUUCCUGCAAUCUCUACUCCUGCUUUACAGUCUCCACUUCUCCAGGGCAGCACUUUCAGGUCAUCAAGGCCCUUCACUCUUCUAUUUCAAUCCCGGCCGUUCAAAUCGACGACCUUCGUGCUCUCCUCGGCCCGCUCAACAUACAAUAGCAACAGCAACGAGGAAAUCGGGCCUGAUACGAUACUGUUCGAAGGUUGCGACUACAACCACUGGCUUAUCGUUAUGGAUUUUCCGAAGGACCCCAAGCCCACACCCGAGCAAAUGGUGCAGACCUACGAGGAAACCUGUGCCAAGGGCCUCAACAUUAGUUUGGAAGAAGCGAAAAAGAAAAUGUAUGCCUGUAGCACGACAACAUAUUCAGGCUUUCAGGCUGUGAUGACGGAAGAAGAGUCCAACAAGUUUCACGGUUUACCUGGAGUCAUUUUCGUGCUGCCAGAUUCUUACAUUGAUCCAGUAAACAAGGAGUAUGGAGGAGAUAAAUACAUUAAUGGAACAAUUAUACCAAGGCCACCCCCAAUUCAGUACGGGAGGCCGGGACGAAAUCGUGAUCGUAGAUAUGGACAAGGUCCACCAUCAAAUCAGCAAUGGAAACCGUCAAAUGACUACCAGAUGUCAGGAGAUGGAAGGAAUUAUGGUGCUCCACAAAACCAUCCACCACAGCAGAAUUAUGGUCCACCUAGACAAGGAGAAAGAGGCGAUCAUAUACCCAUGAACAACAGGAAUUAUGCCCCAGGAGGAAUGGGCAAUUACCAGUCAGGGCGGGGAGAUCCAGUUCCUUCCUAUCAGAGUAAUUACAACCCAAGUGGGCAGGGAAAUUAUUCUCCCCAAGAACAAAGGGACUUCCCCCAACGCGAUCAGAGUCAUUAUGGACCUCCUGGACAGGGGAAUUUUGUUGGAGCUAAUAGGAACUAUGGUCCUUCACAGGAUGGAUCUUAUGGGCGAGGACCAGGUGGAUAUCAGGGCCAAGAAACAUAUGGACCUUCUGGGCAGGGUGCAAGUUCUGGCAAUGGCCAGGGUUACCCAGGGCAUGGAGAAGCUCAAAGGUUCUCACAAGAGGAGCAGAGAAACUGGCAAGGAGAGCCAAGGACCUAUGCACCGAGGGGACCAACUGGAAAUGACCAAGGGAGAUAUUGAUAACACAUUUCAAACGGCUAUUGGAAGAGAAGCCAUGUAACGUAGUUACAUCUCUUUUCUACACUCUCACUAGCAAGGACAUCAAAUAUAAGGCCUUUUGAGAUUUUCCGAUAAUAGUCUGCAAGCUUUUUGUUUGUUAACUUGUGAAGUUGGAACUUGCAACUUUCUUCUAUGAAGCUGUAUCUUUGAUUUCUGGUUAUACCAAGUUCUGUGGGUUAGUAAA